AAGAAGGUCCCCGCCACUGCCCCUCAGGUAUGCUAAAAAGCAAUUAAACUGAUAAGAUCGCUGCCUGAAACGGAACCACUUAACGCGCCAUUAGCUGCAGUUAGUGGCGUCAACCCGUGUGUUAAUUCUUUGCGCUAUCAAAGUAUCUUGUUUAUUCAAUGAGUCAAUUCACUUUCUUUUUCUCUUCUUCUACCAGACCCCAGCACAUAAUAAAACCUCGUAAACCUGAAUAGGGGCCGAGAAGAUCCGUGCUUUCCGGCACCUAAGUACUUACUCAGGUUGUUUACCUUUCCAGGUUGUUAAGGGGCAUCUCAACAAUCCAGUACUGCAUUCACUUGCAUUUUCGCUACCUGUGCAGCCCGUGCAGCCCGUGAUAUUUCAUCCUAUAUUUCUUGGAUGAGGCUCAACCCAACUCCCGAUUCGCACCCUUGUUUCAUCUAAUUUCCCGGUCGCUUCGCAUCAAACAUUACCUAUAGGCUAUAGGUCGGAAUAAGGCACUAGUCGGAGUCCUUUAGAAGCAUCUCUCAAGCCGACAAGAUGCAGCGAAACAUUCGGGGACCUCGGUCUGCCCUUACGGAUUAUCUGGCCUCCCAAAAUAUCUCAGCUAGGCAAAUCCGCGCUAAUCACGAGGCUCGCCUUAGGUCUGCUGCCGCUACUGCUGUCUCAGACCAAGCUGUCGCAUCUACAUCAGCAACACAGGAUGUAGAAACUGCAGAGCCCGCAGAAACCGUACAAGAUAGUGAGGAUGAUGCAGAGUCUUCAGUUGCUGCAAGCACCCGUCAAGCCACGACCCGAAAGCGUAAGCAGGCAGCUGCGGCGAUUGAGAAAGUCAAGAACGCUAAGCCAUCCAAACAACGCAAGUCGCGCCGAAAUGCCCCUGGCGAUGAGUCGGAUGAGGAGGUACUUGAGAGAAGCGCGGCUCCUGUGCCCGGCCAGCUUGAGAACUGUGAGCAGUGCGGCAAGAGAUUUACAGUAACCACAUAUUCACGUGCUGGUCCGGAGGGAGGCCUACUUUGUGCCCAGUGUAGCAUCAAGCUGACCAAAGAAGAGAACGCUGCUAAGAGCGCUUCUAAGAAAGGCAAGCAGAAGGCGACUGCGGUUCCUACUAGGCGUGAACGAAGAAAGAUUCAGAGCCUUAUACUAGAUGGCCAAAUCGGAGUCAAGACCCUAAUGACCCUCUGCGUCGAGACCCUAGCUAACAACAUCCACCUUGCUGACGACCUCGGUGAUCUACCCUUACCAGCUAUCGAUCGCAUAUCCCGACAGCUGUCCAAACGCCGUCUUAUGAGCCCCAAGACCCUAGAUCUAUUCCUCCAACCCCAGAUUCAGGAUAUCAUGAUAUACGACGGAGGUCGCCUAGGUUCAGAUGACUAUACCCGAAUUUUCCAAAUCUGCUCCAGUCUCAAGAGCCUCAAACUGCGAAACGCGAUCCAGUUCAAAGAUGACGUCAUGGAAUACUUGAUGGGAAGGCAUUUCGCCCUAGAUACCUUCUACAUAGCUGGCGCAAAUCUACUCAGCGAUGAAUGCUGGGAUAAAUACCUGAAGGCAAAGGGGCAAAGCCUUCGAAGUCUUCGCGUCUAUUUCACAGAUCGUCAUUUCGGUAACAAAACCGUAGAGUCUCUACGCAACUACUGCCCGUCUCUAACCAGAUUGAAAAUCUGCCACAACCAAGCAGUCACCGACGAAGGAGUAGAACACAUUGCACAGCUUCGUAGCCUCGAGCACCUAGGGCUACGUCUUGUUAGUCAGACCCAGACAAUGCCUUAUGUCAAUAUCGUACAGAAGAUAGGGAACCAGCUGCGUACCUUCUCUAUCAGAGAUGUUCCAGGUGUUGACGAUCGCCUGCUUGAUGCAAUCCAUGACCACUGCGCUCGAUUAGUUAAGCUGCGCAUCACAAAUAGCGAGGUCAUGACAGAUGCAGGCUUUGUUAGGCUCUUCAAAGAAUGGAAGAACAGACCCCUCCUGUUCGUGGACCUAGAACUAUGCCGUCACAUAGACGCGGGAAACCCCAGAGUAAACGAGCAUAUGAUUGGCUUCUGCUCGGGCGGCUUCCGGGCCUUGAUGAAGCACUCGGGCAGGCUCUUGAAAAAGCUCAACAUCCACGGAUGUAGACAUAUAUCCGGUGAGGCGUUUGAAGAUGUGUUUGCUGUCGGACAGAUGUAUCCCGAGCUUUUAGACCUGGAGAUCAGUUUCUGUGAAGAGGUGACAGACCUAAUUGUCGGGCUGAUCUUCAAAAGCUGUCCCAGUCUAAAGAGGCUGAAUGUCUUUGGAUGCAUGAAGGUGAAGAAUGUGCGAGUCCCCAGAGGCAAGAUCUUGGUUGGUGUCCCGAACGCGAUGGGGAUGAUCAUCGAAGGCACCGAAGAUUGAAUGGGGAGUGUUUGUCUUCCUUUUUACGAUACCCGACUUAAACACACAUAUUGAAGAUACCAGGCAUAGUACGGGGGCACGGCUUCAAGGGUUUGGCGUUUGAUGCAUUGAGCCCUGGCAAUAGUUUCUACGACAUUUACGUGAAGCACAGGCGUUGAAAAAGGGUCAUUCUAUCCGAUCAGUUAUGGUGUUUACGGUAGCAAAUUGCUUUGCUAAUAUUCUGUGCUUUUCUUUCUUUUAGGACACUGCCGUCGUCAAUCGACAAGCAUGUCACAUGUGAUGCCAUCAAAAAGGUGCUUGACAAUAAUAAUCUUUCACUGCGAGUCAACAAUCUCCAUGUACUUUACGCGGCUCACAACGAACGUGUAUAUAUCCAGGUAGUCAGCCAGUUAAGUUAUUAGCCUACCUAGGUAGGUACCUAAGGUAAACACCUUGGAGCAUUAUAUUCUAGCUUAGCAAUGCAAAUGAUUUCCACGCAA